AAAAAAAAAAAUUGCCAGGGGGCACCAAUUUUCCUUGCUGUUCCUCCAGCUAGCGUGGCAGACGCAUAAAAAAAUAUUUGCGAAAAAGAAUCGCACUAUCUACAUGACAUAUGAAGGAGAAGAGACUAGCUAGGGAAGGAGCCGGGAGCAAUUCCACUACUCAGGCCAUCCACGGGACAUUCCUCCGCUCCGCCUCCGCCGCCGCCCGUCCCCAUCCGGCUCCAGUAGGCUCCUCGUCGUCGUCCUCCCCCCUCGUCGCGCCGUCGUCCCGAGCUCGUCUGGCAAGCGCGCGCGCGCGGCACGGGAGACAGAGUCGCUCUGGCGAGGAGCGGGAUUGGGAUCCUUGCAUGCAUGGAUGCGGCGCAGUGGCAUCAGGGGCCGCUAGGGCUAGGCAAGCCCAUGGAGGAGAUGCUCAUGGCUGGAAACGCCGCGAAUCCAAACCCACCGCCAGCUGCUGCGCCCUCGGCACCCGGGGCCCAGACCCAGAGGGGUGGUGGCGCUCCUCCUCCCGCUGCGGGUGCGGCAGCGCCUAGGGCUGGCGCGACCGGAGGGGCGGCGCCGGCGGGCACGGAGCGGCGGCCGCGGCCGCAGAAGGAGAAGGCGCUCAACUGCCCGCGGUGCAACUCCACCAACACCAAGUUCUGCUAUUACAACAACUACAGCCUGCAGCAGCCGCGCUACUUCUGCAAGACCUGCCGCCGCUACUGGACCGAGGGCGGCUCGCUCCGCAACGUCCCGGUGGGCGGCGGCUCCAGGAAGAACAAGCGCAGCUCGUCCUCGGCCGCCUCCUCCACCUCCGCGGCGAUGUCCGGCACGGUCUCCGUGAAGAACCCCAAGCUGGUGCACGAGGGCGCGCACCACGACCUCAACCUGGCUUUCCCUCACCACAACAACGGCCGCGCUCUGCAGCCACCGGAGUUCCCGUCGUCGUUCCCGAGCCUGGAGAGCAGCAGCGUGUGCUACCCCGGACCCGCCAUGCUGGGCAACGGCGCCGCCGGCAGGGGCAUGGGCGCGCUCUCGGCUAUGGAGCUGCUCAGGAGCACCGGCUGCUACGUCCCCCUGCAGCACGUUCAGCUAGGGAUGCCCGCCGAGUACGCAGCACCCGCGGGAUUCACGCUUGGCGAGUUCCGCAUUCCCCCGCCGCCGCCGCCGCAGUCUCAGAGUGUGCUCGGGUUCUCGCUGGACACGCACGGCACGGGGGGUUACAGCGCCGGCGGGUUGCAGGAGAGCGCGGUGGGCAGGAUGCUCUUCCCCUUCGAGGACUUGAAGCCGGCGGUGACCACAGCUGGCGGCGGUGCAAGCAACGACGGAGCUGAUCAUCGUCAAAACGACCACAGGAAAGAUCAAGCUGCAGGCGACGGCAGCAGCGUCACCGGUGGCCACGAGACUCCAGGGUUCUGGAGCAAUAGCUUGAUCGGAAAUGGCAGCAGCAAUGGUGGUGGAGGCCCUUGGUAAGGCGGCGCGGCAUGCAUGGCUCAUGCACGCGCGCGCCGUUGUCAGCAUGCGGAGAUAGGGAUAGAGUCAUAGAGACAAGGAUCCAAGUUAUCAAGAGGGUACGGUGGAGGAGGUGAUUAGUGUUCACAUAUAUGGCGUUUGAUUUUUCUCUGGUUGUUUAAUUUUUCUCGGAUCUUCGUGUUCUUGUGUGUAAAUCGACUUGGGGGGGCUAACACAGCAGGAUAUACAGAUUGUUAAGGUGGUGAACCGGUGAUUUACAGCUA